AUGGACGUUGGACUCGGGGCAAGUUUUUUCCAGACCAAAGCUGGGGACGAACUCAAGCCAUCAUUACCACACGGCGAAGACACCGAGACCCAAGAUGUCGAGAGUGCGAAGACCGACGACCAACAGGCGGAACCCUGCGUUUUUGACAAGAAAGACAUUGCGAUCUUGACAGAAUAUCCCCUGCAGGAACACUAUACGAGGUCCUUAAGCGCAGUCAGCGAACCCGAAGCGCUAUUCCAGCCGUCGCCGGAAAGCUCGCGCCAAGAAGCAUGUCAACUGGCGCCGCUGCGGCAGUCGGAUCACUUUCAGCGUCUGUGGUUCGACCUUUCGAGGCUCCCCCAGAAGCGAUCUCCACGACAACGCUUUCAGCGGAUCUGGUACACGCACGGGAUGCUCUGGACAGUCGCCAGGUAUGAACUUUCGCUUUUGGCUAGCGGGGUCGAAGAGGAUUGUCAAGACAAGAGGUUUGCUCUGAUCGACGCAGAAAAGAGGUGGGCGGAGGCUUGCAGCUUCGAUGGUGAGGAGCGACAGUAG